AUGAGAGAAUAUGAACAAUUAGGUCAUAUGGUAAAAACUAAAGACCAAAAUAAAGGAUUAUAUUACAUGCCACAUCAAGCAGUAAUCAGAGAGGAAAGUUUAACGACGAAAUUACGAGAAGUAUUUGAUGCGUCCGCCAAAACAUCUAAUGGAAAAAGUCUUAAUAACAUAAUGAUGACAGGUCCACGAUUGCAAAAAGAUAUUUUUGAUAUUAUAUUAAAAUGGAGGUUAUGGAGAUUCGUAGUAACAGCAGAUGUAGAAAAGAUGUUUAGACAAAUAAAAAUAACGAAAGAACAUCAAGAUUAUCAGCGAAUUCUCUGGAGAGAGAAUCAAACAGAUAAAAUAGAAGAGUUUAAACUAACUACAGUCACAUAUGGAACAGCUUCAGCUCCAUUUUUAGCAGUCCGAACACUACAGCAAAUUGCAGGAGAUUAUGAAGGAAAUGUUAAUAUUAAAAAUACGAUUAAAAAUGAUUUUUACAUGGACGAUUUACUAACUGGUGCCGAUACAACGUCAGAUUGUAAAGAUAAAAUUAAUAAAAUUUUUAAUUGUUUAAACAGUGCAGGCUUUAAAUUACGGAAAUGGAUGUCUAAUGAUCAGUCAAUUUUGGAAAAUUUACCUAUUGAAGUCAGCAAUAAAAUACUUAACAUAAAAGAAGACGAUUCAAUAAAAACACUAGGAUUAAAAUGGAAUCCAAGAGAAGAUGAAUUUCAAUUCUCAAUAAACAUCUUAACAAAUGAUAGAAUAACAAAAAGAAUGGUGUUAUCAGUAUACGCAAAGAUUUUUGAUCCAUUAGGAUGGCUAACUCCAGUUACAAUUACUGCAAAAUUAUUUAUACAAAAACUGUGGCAACUAAAGUAUGACUGGGAUGAAAUUCUAGAUGAACAAAUUCAUAAAGAAUACGAGAAAAAUAAUAAAAAUAUACAAAUAAUUGAACAAACUCGGAUUCCAAGAUGGAUGGAAGUAUCAAGUUCGGACAAUUGGGAACUUCACGGGUUUUCAGAUGCUUCUGAAGCAGCCUAUGAUGCAGCAAUAUAUAUUAAAAUAGGUUCAAAAAUAAACUUAUUGACAGCUAAAAGCAAAGUAGCCCCAAUAAAAAAUAAAAAAACUAUUCCCAAAUUAGAAUUAUGCGGAGCUCAUUUACUAGCAAAAUUAAUGAAUAAAAUAAUUAAAAUAUUAGGCAAUAAUCCAGAGGUCUAUUGUUGGAGCGAUUCUGCGAUUACUUUAUGGUGGAUAAAAGAACCAAGAAACAAAGAAAGAUUCAUAAGAACACGAGCGACAGAAAUUAAAAUUUUAAUUCCGAGUGCAGAAUGGCGUCACAUAAGAACAAAAGAAAAUCCUGCCGAUAUAGCAUCAAGAGGCAUAUGUGCAUCCAAAUUAAUAAAUAAUACUCUCUGGUGGCAUGGACCGACAUGGCUAGCAAAUCCUAAAGAGGAAUGGCCAAAAGAUGACCAAAUAGAUGGUUCUGCAGUCAUCAUAACAACAUUAAACACAAAUCAUAUAUCAAAAGAAGAACUUGAUACAGCAAGAAAUGAGAUAAUUCGACAACAUCAAUUAACGCAUUUUGCCGCUGAAAUAUCCAGCAUUAAUCAAGGCAAAGAAAUUAACAGGAUUAGCAAACUAAUUCAUUUACGACCAUUUAUAGAUAAAAAUGGCUUAUUAAGAGUUGGAGGCAGGCUACAAAACGCAACUAUUAAAUAUAACCAAAUGCAUCCAAUUAUUCUACAUAGAGAUCAAUAUGCAGAAUUAAUAAUAUAUCAAGCGCAUCAAUCAACAUUACACGGAGGACAAAAUUUAAUGGAAGCACACAUAAAGCAACAAUAUUGGAUUUUAGGAGUAAGAAAAGGUAUAAAAAAAAUAUGCAACAAUUGCACAAAAUGCAUUAGAUACAGCCAAAACUUUGGAAAACAAAUAAUGGGAUAUAUGCCAAGCCACAGAAUAAAUGUAUCCCAUCCUUUCGAACACACAGGGAUUGACUAUGCCGGACCCAUAUAUAUGAAGUGCUCAAAAGGUCGUGGUCAAAAAUCAUUCAAAGGCUAUAUUUCAGUAUUUAUAUGCAUGUCUACUAAAGCAAUUCAUUUAGAAGCAGUAAGCGAUUUAUCAACAGAAGCAUUCAUGGCUGCAUUAAAAAGAUUCUUUUCGAGACGUGGGAAAAGUGCACAUCUAUAUUCAGAUAAUGGUACUAAUUUUAUUGGUGCAUUAAAAAGACUAGACAAAGAAUUUGGAAAUGCAAUCAAAAAUAAUACAUCAAUAGUUCAAAUUCUCGCAACUGAAAAAAUAGAAUGGCAUUUUAUUCCGCCGGCAAGCCCGCACUUCGGCGGUAUUUGGGAAGCAGCAGUAAAAUCUACAAAAUACCAUUUAAAACGAGUAAUAGGUGAGACAAAGCUUACGUUUGAAGAAAUGACAACAUUUUUAUAUCAGACAGAGGCAGUUUUAAACUCAAGACCACUCUGCUAUGUAAACAGCGGAAUUGAUAGCAUUGAUGUUUUGACACCAGGACAUUUUCUAAUUGGGCGACCACUAUUAAACGAACCAGAAGCAGAAAUCAAAGAAAAAAUAAAUCUAGUAAACCGCUGGGAACUAUUACAGAAAAUGAAAUCAGAUUUUUGGAAGAAGUGGAAAAAGAAUAUGUGA